AUGUCGCUUCGCAAAGACGCUGCCCGCUCUGCCGAUGAGGUCUCUUCAUUCUACGAUAACCUCCAACCCCAAUGGCCUGGCGUUGAAACGACGCCAACAUUCCAUCCCCCGUUCCUGGGCCAUGCCGCUUAUUGCACUGAAUCUCUCGUUCCAUCUACUAUCCUGACUCCCAUUAGUCUUCCCGACAGCUCUUUCCGUCCCAGUCCAGCUCUCAGCCAUCAUUCGCCAGAUUAUGCUCCACAAGAUUACCGGUUUACUAUUAGCGAGUCCACGCAGCCCCAGGGCUUGGGUAUCACCGCGGCUUUCCCCAGUGAAUACCCUAGGACGACUGCUCCCAGCGCCAGCUAUGUGGAUUACGCCCCGGAUGAUUUACAAUACGGGCUGGGUGACUCGUCCAGUAUAUCACCGCAGGGUCCGCCCCUCAAGCGGGUGAAGCGUGCCCUUUCGCAAUCUUCAGCACACGAGGACUCGAAGACCGUCCUUCCUAAUCCGGGAGGAACUGAGCGCACUGAACAAAAGAAAAAAAAAAACCUCGCCUCCCGCAGCCCAUUCAACCACGGCCCCGCGCCCCCGGGCCGGGGCCGCCGUGACCCACAGGCUGAAGAAGAAGAUGACUUCGUUGAGGAGCUGCGGAAUCAGAAUACCGCUUGGAAGGUGGUGCGCGAGAUGUUUCGUGGCCGAUUCAACAAAGAUGCCUCGGAAGCAAGACUACAGAUGCGCCUCCUGCGCCGGAGAGAGAGGCUACAACGGUGGGACGAACAAGAUACCCAGCUCUUGCUCAACGCUGCUGAGAUCUGGGAGGCCAAAAAGUACCACUUUAUCGCAGAGAAGAUGAAAGAGCUAGGCUCCACCAAAGACUAUUCACCCAAAGCCUGCAAAGCUCAACUCAAAAUCCUCGAGAGCAAGCAGCAAGGAACGAGGAGCGUGUCGCCAUCGGCAUUAUCCGACUACCAGCUAUCCCCGACGAUCCCAGCCUCGCGCAAAAGGACGCGGCCACACUCACAAGAGUUGGAGUAA